GUGUUUUUAGUCUAGCAGCUGUGGAACCAUCCAUGAUGCUCCUGGAAAAUGUGAAGAGGCAUCUGAAGCGUCCUGUAUGGAUUAAUGCUGAUAUUCUUCCUGGUCCAAAUGGAAAUAGCAGAGUAGUGGAUGCAAGACCUUUUAUAGACACGGUGACAUCCUUCUUUCCAGAUGUCACAUUUUCCCUGGGUUGGACAACAGGAUGGCAUCCUGAGAAAGUCAAUGAAGGUUACAGUUGGACAAUGGUGAAAGAAAUGGAAUAUAUAUGUAAGGACCUAAAUCUGCCUGUAACAUUUCCUGUCAGGGCAGCAUUAGUCAGGCAGUCUUGUUCUCAGUUACUUUGGCUGUUGAAGAAAUCAAACAGAGAUUCCACAAAAGUAUGGCACCCUCUUUCUUCUUUCCUGGAGAUUGAUUAUUUCACACAGGUUCUCAAGUCUAAUGUAUUGGUGUUGAGAACUCAUGGCAUCCAAGGGCUAUUUCCUAAGCUUGGCACAUCAAUCCUGGUCCUAGAAGAGACUUCGAACAAGAAAGAUGAAACAAAGUACCAGAGGCUGGAGAUCAUCUUAGAGGAGAGGCACAAAAAAUUCCAGGAAGAUGGCGAAGGGCCAGGAUAAUGGAUGUGCACAGACAUCAUCUCUGAGAUCAUACUAUCAUUUUACCACCUUGUUAACUGAGAACCAGAUGCCCAGGUUUCUUGCUUCUUGGAUACCAGCUUCCCACAGAGUAGAGUUGUUUUGAGUACCUGAUUUGAGAGGUACCAACCACGGCAGUACCACAUGGGCUGAGGUAUUUAAAAGCCAUCUUACAGAUGAUAGACUUGGCCUUCCCUGUGGCUCUUUUUCUCCAAGCCACCCAUUUUCCUUGCAUUCAGAGAGAAAUGUUUUUUUCCUUUGAGACUCUGACUCUACCUCCAAACAGGAUCUGUGUUCCCACUCAUAAAGGGCAAGGAGGCUGGAAAUAAACAAAUGGGUUUCAAACUGGA